GUGUCAUUCGGAGAGCGAGAGGGAGUUGGGGGCAAGGGCAGUUUCGGUUUAGGGAUUAUGACGUAAUGUUAAUCUUUUGAAGUGGUCUUCGAGUGUACUUGAGAGGUAGAAUAUCCUUUUGAAGUGGUCUGCCAAUGUACUUAAAAGGUAGAAUAUCCUUUUGAAGUGGUUUUCAAUGGCACUUGAAAGGCAAAGUGUCCUUUUAAAAGAUGUUUAAUUAAAAAUAAAGAUGGCGGAUAUUUGCAUAAUUAAAAAUAAAGAUGGCGGCUAGUUCCGUAGUGAAAAACAAAGAUGGCGGAUAGUUUACCUGGCAACCAAUGGGGAGAGUGAUGCAUGAAUGAGUGAUUAUAGGCAGUAUGUGUGUGUAUUGAAAUGUUUUCUCAAUAAACAUUAUUGAUUAAUCUCAAUUUAAGCUUGGUUUAUUACUUUAAACACAGAAAUUCGUGCAGGAUUGAUUAUUAUUAUUAUUAUUAUCAUCAUCAUAUUUUGUGAUUAUCAUUAUUACUAUUAAUAUUACAAUUAUUCUCUUCUUCUACCAUCAUCAUUAUUAUUAAAUCAUGGGAGAAAACGUGGCAGAGAAGAACGGCUCAAAUGUAGCCCAUUGCAGAUUAAUGUGCAUGUUUGAGUUUUCAUUACAAACAUAUUACGCUAAGGCAGUGGUGAACAAACUGGAAAAGGUCGCGCGCUUACUUUGUGACGGCUGCAAACACGAAUACCUGUCUCAGUUAAACCACUCGUGCAUGAUGCUGGACCGGGAAAGCAAGCUCGAGCACUAUUUCUGGGACGUGACUGAAACAUUGGACGACGAGAAAAUAAUCGAACAAUGGUACAGAUCACAGACAUACACGGAUCACGACCGUGCCGUCCUGGACUUAUUCGUGCUGAAAUACAGAUGUAAGGACUACAGAGAGACAAGAAUGAAAAACAACAACUGGCAGGGAAGCGUUUCUAAAAUAGCCCAGACAAUGCUGUCUAUAGAAAAACUAUAACGAUGUGAUAGGUUGGUCAAAGCAACUCUGGUAAAACAUCGUAUAUGCGAAAGUUAGUGGAAAUGGGUGACAGGUUGUUUACAAUUCCCCCAUCUAAAUACAUCUGGCUUUACAAUAUCUACCAAGACCUAUAUGAUCAGAUCAGCGGCACGGUACCGAACGUCCAGUUUGUGCACGGUCUGCCUUCAAGAUCCGACAUAGAGCAAUGGGCCGAAAAAGAACGACAUCUCGUGCUAGUAGUGGACGAUUUGUAUCACUUGCUGAUAAAUUCGAGGGACAUACUUGACUUAUUCGUGUUACUUUGCCAUCAUCUUACCGUGACGGUCAUUAUUAGUUGUCACAAUAUAUUCAUGAAUUCAAAGUACGCAAAAACAAUGACUACGAAUUUGCAUUACAUUCUCUUGUUUAGACUACAAAAUCGCCUUCAGCUAUCUACCCUCGGCACGCAAUUAUUUGUUCACAAUAAGAAAUCCAAACAUUUCCUUGCCGUCUAUGACGACGUCAUGGCAACGGAUCAAUACAGCCCCUUGAUCAUUGAUCUGAGUCCACAGACAACGCAUUCUGAUUAUAAACUCAGGUCAAACAUUUUACCUGGACAGUUACCGGUUGUUUACGAACUGGAAUAAUCACUGAACGGACGGAUAAAUAAUAAUAAAUACAACUUAAAUCAUUGUGAUGGACAAAAUAGCUCGCCAGAUUGACUUUUUGCGCUAUUUGGUAGUUGCGGUUCCCAGUCAAAGGAAGCAGCUUUUUCGCUAUCUUUCAAGGGAACAGAUUAACGUUAUAUCGGAAAUCUGCCUGAAUCUGUUACACGGUAUUAUAGAAAUCACGGACCAGGACUUUUGUGAACUGAAUAGACAUAAAAACACUUUCAGAAAACUGGCCGUUAAGUCAGUGGAUAACAAUACAAAACGAGAAUUGAUGUACAAAGACGCUACUGGCAUAAGAACUCUUGUGUCCGUAUUUCUGAAACAAUUCGAUAAAGAUUCUGAGAGUGAUUCGUCUGCUAGCGACGACUAUCAAUCACCACAGAAACCAGCAACAUACGACAGAAAUGCAGACGAGAGGGGAGAAGGGAUUUCGCAAACUGAUACUUAUUCCAGCGUGUCGAUAUCAGCAGUUGAUUCAGAAACAACAACAACAACAACAACAACAGCAUCAGCAUCAACAACAGACAAUAAAAGACCCCCAGCCAUCCAGUCGGCCGUCGGCGACAAGUCGCCAGGAAAUAGAAGCUUUCUCGACUGUUUCGCCGACGGUGUCGGAGAAACAGCAUGGAAAUCAAAUGAAUAGCUUAUCCAAAGCCAGCCCCACUUCCGGUACAAAACAAAAUGGCGAACAAUUUUCAAAGAGCGUUUCAGAAGAGGGCGAGCGGUCAAUUACUAAACGACUCACAGGAAUUAUAACUCACUCUUUUCCUAAACAUUUGAGAAAAGAAGCUAUAUCUCUGUUACUAUUUCUACUUAAGUACGGAAAGGGCGUGUUUCACGUGCAAGGGUGGGGCAGUUUUCUCAUUAAUGGACGAAAAAUGGAUUCCAGCAUCAUAGAUUAUAUAUUCUCUUCUCUGGCGAAUGAGAGGACUCAUCACCGGCCUGGAGACUUUAAUUACUUUCAGAUCGCUAUGGACCAAAUAAAUGUGCCCGCUCACUUAAUGUCAAAGACAACUAGCAAAAGAACAGACUUGUCAGUGAAAAGCAAAAGUAGAAAAUGGCUUCCUUAUUGACGAUUUUUAACAACAUUUUUUUCUGUUGUUCAUUUUGACUUUUUUUUUUGCUAUGCUUUUCAAUAUGUCAUUGCCGUAGUAUUGCCUUAGUCAUUUAUUUGUAAAUAAAUUAGUAAUUUUAUCUCAUUUGUUCUUCCUUUCAUUUGUGAUAAUAAGAUAAAAAUCGCAUUAUAGCUUUACUAUCCCACAGAUUGUUGUUGUUGUUGUUGUUGCUGUUGUAAUUGCAACAGAUAUGGGACUGAACUAAACUUUGUUGAGUUCUACACGCUCUCUAAGGUGCUAUAACAACACAAUUGCAGUAUUCCUUUAAUAAUAUUUAAUAUGAAAACAAGAGAUUAAACAUCAGUAUAGUGAGAAGCAGAUUUCAUGUCAAUUG